UUUUCUAUUUGCAAGUUUGUCUUUGUUGUAUCUGAGCAUGUGUGCAUAUGUGGGUGUGCAUGUGUUUUGGAUUUUUAUUUGCUUGUGUACUUGAGUAGCAUUUUGGUUUUGUUGUGCGGGUGUUUGAAAAGCCAUCCAUGUGCUCUGCUGCCUUUACUGCUUUUGCUGCCUCAGUCGUCUUGUAUUUUUGCCGGUGUGUUGACGCAUGUGAAGAGUAAUUGGUUAAAAUUUGUGUUUUUUUUUGUUUUUGGAAAAUCAAAAUAUGAUUGUGAGAUGUAAAAUAUGGAAAUAAGAAUUUUGGCAAAUAAAAUCAAAAUUCAGCAAAGAUUAGUCCUUAGAAUCGGAAGAAAAUUUAUAAAUCGUGUAGAACGUUAGAGAAGAGACUUUAUUUGGAGUUGCAGCUGCCUCAUUGUUAAGUCGUCGCCGCCGCUCGUAGCAUACGCUUAUAAACUUCAAGGUGAACUAUAAAACAAAAACGAAACAGCAUAGCUGAAGAACAGAGGAGAAGAGUGAAGAACGUCAACGCACUCUGGUGCACCAGUCGCUCAUUGGUGAUGGUGUUCGGCUGCAGCACAUUUUGCAAAAAAAAUUACAAAACGUAAGCAGCCGAAAACGAAGAAGACGUCGAUGAAAGAGCCCGGUGGCGUGGCUUUUGUAUGGGUUUCAAGGGUCGCGCAACGACUAAACAAAACAGCGAACCUAUUUAAAGUGUCGCAUAUACGAGUGCAUACACACACUCGCACACCGAACAACUGUCGCAAGCAUAGACGAUGGCUAAAACACGAAUAAAAACUACGCCGACGCGUAUGCAGAAGGAUGCAUUAAUGGCAUCAACCGCCACAGUCGCUGCCAUAACCAAGCCGGGAACAACGGUGUGUCGUAUUGCAGCGCCACUAGACGAUGUCAAGAAACGCCUGCGACACUCAGCUGUUCUCAGCAAACCGCCGCAAAGCGGUACGUCGACGAUCAUUGUUACAGCACCGAAACGUACAAACUCCAUUUCAUCCGUCACCUCCACUAUAUCGCAAAUAAGCGAUGCACACUCCGAUACCGAAUCGCCUCCACCGCAAACCAUGCUAUCUACGUCAGGGACAACAACAACAGCAACAAAAUCAAUAAAACCUUUAUUCACCUCAUAUGCUUCCUCUCAGGCGCCGCGCACACUCAACAGUUCGCUUUGUAAACCCACAACUUCCAUGCCAGCGUUGCGUAACCGCAAAGUAUUUAUGAUUACCGAAAAAUCAGAUGAACCUGCAGGAACGGAAACAUCCACAUCAGCGGUAGCUGGCGGUGCGGCCUGUGGACAGAAAAGAAAAAUGUAUCUUAUUAUGGAGGAGAAUAGCUGCCCUGAAGACGAGGAUAGCAAUGAAGGUGGCGUAAUUGCUAAAGAUGCACACAAGUAUUUAAAAAGAGAGAACGGCUUAAUUGUAGGAGCGAGUGGUUCAAAGAAGUUAACACUCUUUGCAGACAAAGCGGAUAGCGGCGCGCUAACGGAGAAGUUCGAAAAGAUAUUGCCGGAGAUAUUGCAUCGCAUACAGGCCAAAGAUGCUGCGAGUGUUGGCCCGGGGCUAGCGAGUGUGGCGUCGACGCCCACACCCACGGCCAUGCCCACGACAUCGAUAUCGAAGCUGCUGAACGGUGCUGCCAAUCUGAAUAUAAUUAAGACUGAGUCCAUACAACCACAACAACAACAACAACAACAAUAUCAACAACAAGAGCAAUACUUAAUAAAAAAGGCGACUGAGGACACCAAUGAAAGACUACCAAUUACACUGCCACCGAAAAAGAAUCGCACAAAAAUCAUUACAACGCACAUCAACAACACUUCGUACAACGGCAAUGGCAAUGGCACUAGCCUAGUUAAUAACUUCAGUGACAGCUACACUAACAACACUGAAAGCAUUUGGGGCAACUUCAGCAAUAUCAGCAGUAGCAGCAGCAGCAGCAACCAUAGUAAUCAUAAAAUUGGCACACAAUGUCAAAUAAAGCAGAUCUCUGCUGCUACGCCAGUCAUUGUUUCAGCGGGCACUGCGGCGGCACGCAACAACAACCACAGCAGCAAUAGCAGCGUGAACGACAUGAAACGCUUUGCUGCUAUUAAUACCAACAACAACAGUGGCAACACAAAUAUAAGAUAUGCGAGUAAUUGCAACGGUCAAGCCGUCACGUCCAUGGCCCAAGUGGAGCUGGUGCCACACAAGAACAUCAACCUGUCCACCGAUUUUCACUUCCUCAUCAAGAUGCUGCCCAAGCUGGAAAGCAUACCAGAGCCACACAAAAACAGUGUGAAGGACUGCAUUGAGAAGAUAAUCACACAAAAUGCAAACAUAUUUGCCAAACAGUAACGGUACAUGUGUAUGUACUUCGAAAGCUGGAGUUUCGAAAUAGAAGUUCGAAAAUAAUAACAGCCGCGC